CACGUUUUAUAUCACAACUUUUUUCUACACACGACAUGAGAAUACCAAACCACGAACCCUACCAAAAACGAAGAAGAAAACCGUCAUAAUGGCUGCCUAGCGAUCCCAAAACUGCCCAACAAAAGUGCAAAUCCGACAGGGUUGCACCUCCGCAAAUUAAACAUGGCUUCGCUAAUGAUGCGCACCUUCACAGGUACCCAAACUGGGUCAGCUCAAGACUUACAACAAAGCUUCAUUUAUUCUCAAGAAGAAAUCCAUGAUCAAGGAAAGCAAGAUGUCCUUAUACAGCAUGGAAUUGGACGCAGUGACCUCCUUCUUGGGGGAGGAGCCCAGCUUAUGGGCAACAGAGAGGGAUGAUCUGUUUAAGGUUCAGGGUACAGAGCUUGGGAGCUCUGCAUCCCUGGCAGAUGAGCUGCUGGGAGAACUUGAUGGACAGUGCAUAAAAGAGAGCUCUCCUUUUGAAGAUCUCCCAGAAUGGAUGUCCGAGAAAAUUGCUCUGGCUGAAUGGAUUGAUGCAGCAGACAUCAUGCCACCAGACUUGCUGACCACGGUUCCCUUGGCUUUAUCCAAUGAGGAAUCCAUUGAGCCAGCAGAAGAGCUUCUUCAGUUGUUGAUGGUGAACGAGGAAAUCCCACCUCAACCUCCAUCGCCAGGUGAAGAGACGGCUUCAGAUCUUCUAGCAUUGUACCCAGCAGCAUCACUCUGCUCCCCUGAUUCCCCACUCUCCCAAACCUCAGAGGAUUCCUCAGUGUUUCAGAACUCUGAAGGUUCAUCGUUACCCUCUUCCCCGUAUGACUCCAAACCACAAAGUCCAGAAGCUCAACUCACAGCUGAGGAGUGUUUGUGGCAAAUUGCAGACGGACUGACAUCCAUUUUCUCCAAUGAAAUCUUGAACGAUACCAACACCGAUGUCGUGUCUCAGCCAACCCCCGAGGCCGGAUCUUCACCAGCGUUUUCUCAGUCAGGAGAAGAAGAUGAAGAGCUGCUUGAAGUAGAAACCCCGCAGAGAAAAUCAAAGGCCAAGCCUAGGCUGAAGACCGUCAAGGACCCAGGGAUUAAGAAGACCAAGAAACGAGACCAGAAUAAAGUUGCCGCCACGCGGUAUCGGGAGAAGAAACGUGUUGAAGCCAAUGUGCUUAUGACAGAACAGAUGGAAUUAGAAGAAAAGAACUCUGAAUUGAACGAUAAAGUUGAAUCACUCUCAAGAGAGAUUAAGUAUCUUAAAGAUCUUAUGGUGGAGGUCUAUAAGGUCAAAGGAGAACUGAAAAUUUUAAGGAAGUGAAAGUUAAUUUUGAUGUGUUGUCAGUUUGUAAACAAUGAUGCUUUUUGUCACAUAUGCUUUAUGCACAAGUUUUGUAGUGCAAGUUGUAGUUAAUAAACAAUAUUUCGGGAUGAUUGAGUCGGUUUACAAAUAUUGAACAAUGAAAAGUAUGUUUGGUUGUAAAACUUGUAAUUUAGAUUAAAGCGCUAUUGCGCUGGCAUCUGACCGAGUCGAUUAGAAUCCAGCGCAUUAAUCUCACUAGAAAGGUACACUUCUAUCAUUAUUUACAACCAAAUUUGUAAUUGAGAUUCAUGCGCUGGCUCCUAAUCGUUUCGAUCAGAAGCCAGCGUAUUGAUCUCUAUUGCAAGUUUGGUUGUCAAUCAUGGUAGAAGUGCACCUUUCUAGUGAGAUUAACGCGCUGGCAUCUGAUCAAUUCGAUUAGAAGUCAAUUUGGUAAUCUCACUAUCAGGUUCACCUCUCAUAAUUUACAACCAAACAACCUAAACAUGAGAUUAAGGCGCUGGCUUCCGAUCAAUUCGGGGAGCCAACAUUAUCAAUUUGACUGUCUUAAAAGCUUCCAUGUUUUGACCAAUCAAUAUGGCUCAGUUCUAGAAAUAAUUUGUGAAAUAAUGACCAACUUCUUAAAAGACUCAAGGACUCAUUUUAAACUACAUUAAAUCAGUUACUUUCCAUGAUAAAAUGAUAAUAAUGAAUUUGUAGUAUUUGAAACCCCUGCUGUUAAACCAUAACAGACCAAAUGACUAAGUACAAGGCUUGGGUUUGAUGUCAAAGGCCAUGUUUAAUAACUGUUGAAUUUAAAACUACGCAAUUCUCAAUACUGACAUGCUCUCUGUUUUGUAACACACGCCUGCCAGUGUUCAGACUUUUAUGUAGUUUUUGUGAAUUGAUCAAAAACAUGUAAAUAUAUUCCUUCGCAUAUAAUGUAGUAGGUGACUUGUAUUUAUCAGGUUAAACUAAAUUAGUUGUAUUUAUUUAUUUAGACAUUCAGAACGAUUGAUGACUGAAGGUUCGGUUGUCUUUCCCCUUUUUAUUUUAAAUUGCAAUGUAGGUGUUAUUAAUUAGUCUGGGAACCAUUUGCAGUGAUAGACUUAAAGCUUGCAAUGUUCAGUUUUAAAAUGCAGACAAAGUAAUAAAAAGAGAUGUUAAAAAUUAA